AUAUAUGUGUUAUCUGAAUAAUUAAAACUGGGGAAAUAAUUAAUUACAAUAUUUCGUUAUCUCACAUUAGUAACUCAGCUUCCAUCGUUAACGUUUCUCAGUAGACCAUAUUCCCCCUUGGAUUUGUUUUCAUCAGUCGUUAACUGUAACUCGUACGGUUCGAAUCUCAUCUCUUUGUUUCAAAUUCUAAAUUACCAUAUAUAUAAAUAUAUAAAAAUAUAUAUAUAUUUUUUUUUUAUUAAUAAUCAAAUUUUUUAAAAUGAACGGAGAAAGUUGCGAACUUAAGGGAGAAACCAUGGAAGAAAAAAAAGUUCAAGAAAAACGAGGGUUAAUUUAUCAAAUGUCGAUGAGUAUAUUGGCGAAUUUCACAAUCUUAGGCCCGGCAAUGAGUCUAGGCUACAGUGCCGUAAUUCUGCCCACACUGAGAUCGCCGAGCAGCGAUUUGCCAAUAACAAAUGACCAGGAGUCUUGGAUCGCCAGCGCUGCGGCAUUUGGUACCCCAAUAGGUUGUAUGUUGUCUAGUUUAAUAAUGCGCCGAGGACGACGACUAAGCUUGAUGGUGACAUCGACCUUCUCGCUGAUUGGAUGGUUUCUAAUCUACAUGUCGACGAAUUACGAUAAACUAGUAGUCGGAAGAGUUAUAUCAGGUGUAGCGACUGGUUUAGCUUCCGUUCCAGCUACUGUUUAUACCGCUGAAAUAGCCGGUCCCCUAUGGCGAGGAGUUAUGGUCACUUGGAGCAGCAUCGCCAUUGCUCUAGGAGUCCUUCUUGUUUACAUAUUCGGUUACUUUCUCCAGGACAACUGGAGACUGCUUGCUUUGAUCUGCGGCCUGUUUCCCGCAGUUUCGAUCUUAAUGAUGUUGGUUUCGUUGCCUGAGUCUCCGGUCUGGUUGAGGGACAAAAACCGUCUUGACGAAGCUCGUGUAGUGAUGAAGAAGUUCCAUGGAGUGCCAAAAGAUCAGCCAACGACCUCUAUAAUUGAGCAGGAACUGAACCGACCCAAGAAUGGGCUAGCGCCCAAGAAACGUUCGCUCAUGAAAAAUCUGAUGAAAACCAGUUCUCUGAAGCCGUUCUUUAUCAUGAUGGCUUUCUUUUUCUUCCAGCAGUUCUCUGGAGUCUUUGUCGUGGUAUUUUACGCGGUCGAUAUCACCAAAGAAGCUGGAAUCGAAAUGAACGCAUAUUUGGGCGCCAUUCUGAUCGGAAUCACUCGACUCGCGGGUUCGGUUCUGGUGGCAUGUGGCUCCAAGAAGUGGGGAAGACGGUUACCGUCAGUGAUAUCGGGUGUCGGGAUGACCGUUUGCAUGGGACUACUGUCUGUUUAUCUCUACUUAACUGACCGCGGACAUACGAUUGGCGACCGCGGUUUCAUUCCGGCUUUUUGUGUCCUCGCUUAUAUAUUCAUGAGUACCAUUGGGUUCUUGACGCUUCCGUUCGCGAUGGUGGGCGAAAUAUUCCCAUCUAAGGUCAAGGAUGUACUUUCGGGCCUUACUGUCUGCUCGGCUUACACUUUUAGUUUCGUUAUUGUCAAGUGUUACCCGGAUAUGCUCGUGGCGAUGGGCAAGCAUGGGGUCUUUUUGUUUUUCGCGAUUCUUUCGCUCUUGGGGACCAUUUUUGUGUUCAUGUGUCUGCCGGAAACGAAAGGCAAGACGCUUAAUGAGAUUGAUGAAUUGUUUUCGACGAAGAAGAAUAGUGGAGGGAAUAAAGAGAAAAUGGUGAUGAUGAAAGACUUGACCAACGCUUGAGCGAAAAUUGAGUGACAAAUAUUUUAUUUUUGAAAUUUUUUACGGAUUAUUUUGGUUUUUAGAAAAAUUUAAAAAAGCGCGGGAAUUAUCUUUAAAAGCGGGAAUUUUUGAAUUUGAAUUUUUAACGACAAAUAAAUAUUUAAAUUUGCGAUAUAUUUUUACUUAUAUAUAUAUAAAUUUUAUUAUCUUAAUAAAAUUAAAUCAUUAAAGUAGUGAUUAAAAAAAAAAUUAAUGUAUUUUUUCAGACUUGAUUCGAAAAUUCCCGGCAUUAAAAUUUUCCCGCUCAAAUUAACGGCUCUCUAUUCGGAUAAUUAUUUUUAUAUUUCUGGGUAUGACUGAUCGAUUUUGAAAAUAAGUUCAAUAUUUGUCACUCUUACUCAAAAGACUGCAUUAUUUUCGAACAAUUUUUUUUAUAACAAAAAUUAUUUAGAGCAAAAAAAAAUAAGCCCUUAAUAAAAAUUUUAAAGUCGGCUCGGACUGAGGUUAAUUUUCAAUUCUAACGAACUAAAAAUAAAAUAAAAAUUCACUGAGGUAAAAUGGGCCGUGAGCAGUUUCCUGGGUUUUUUAUUUCACAGUCUGAAAUUAAUGAAUAAAAAAAAAUUGAAGCCCUUAAAUAUGAUUUUAAAUGGCCGCUGAAAUAAAAUAAAAUUAGCCGUGAAAAAAAUUAUUUUAUUAAAUUAAUUGUUAAUUUUAACGGACGGAAAAUAUGUGGUUAUUAUCGAUGAUAUAUAUGCCAGAUAAAUUUGUAAAUAAUUAAAUUAAAAAGUUAAAAAAUAUUUAAAUUAUUUAUUUAUUUGUAUUUUAUUUAAAAAUAAUGGUAACUUUUAAAAUUUUAAAUUUAUCAAUUCGUUCCUUGAGAUAUUUCUUUUAGCCCAAUUACUUAUCGAAAAAAUGGCCCUUUAAUUUUUUAAUGUAACUUUAAAAGUUGACCGAGGGCGGGAAAUUUUAUAAUUAUUUGUUAUUUAAAAUAAACUUUCACCCCCGUACGAUUCAAAAAAUAUCUCAACUCUGACCCACAGAUUUACUCAGCGGGCUUUUGUUCUAGAUUAUUUUCCGCCCGGCUGUUUUAUCAGCAACCCCAGAUAAUUAUUUAAUUAUUUAAAUUAACACACAGCGACUAAAAAUAUUUAUGUGGUAUUUUGAAUCGCGAUAAAUUAUCACCGAGCUUUUAAAAUUAUUCUUAAGGGCUUUUUUUACCUUGCUAAAUAAAUUUAACCAGCCUUCCAUAUAAAUACCCAAGCAUCCACAUACAUCGAUAUUAUAAAAAUCUAAAAUAAACCUACUAGUAGACAGCCGAUUGAGUUUUUUUGUUGGUCGGACACCUGACCAACUCGAUAUACAGCAAACUCUGGUGAUUAACGUGAGACAGCUGUUGCCUAAAAAUAUUCAUCGGCUACACUGGAGACCCGAGACACGCAAUCUGUCGACGAAAUAUGAUUAAGUACUCAAUGUACAUAUUCAUAAGCAACCACCAGCCACAGACAACCCAAUCAGCAGACUACUCAAUCGUCUUCGUUUUUUGGCUGCUCUUUUAAUAGUCACCUCAGCCUUUUUUUAAACCUCCCCUCGUCAUCAUCAUCAUCAUUAUCACCACAAUCACCACCGCCACCACGUACUUUCGGCCCUGUCGUAUUUUUAUACCUACCCAAGGCCAAGGAUUCCUCACCAAGGACUUGUGUCACGAAUGUGUUCGUAUUUUUAUCUUUUAUCUUAUUAAUUAUACAUCUAUAUAUAUAUAUAUAUAUGAUCAACCAGCUUAAAAUAAACGAAAUGACUCGCUUGUAAUUUUUUAUAAUAUUUAUAAUCAUUUUUAUUAUCAAAAUUUUCUUAUAAUAAAUAAACUAUGACAACAAUUGUGUUAAUUAAA